UUUUGUUUUCCUUUGGAACGGGAUAGGACUGUUCGCGAUUUUGCGCCCAUGUAUCAACGAUCAACGGAAAAAUUUCCUGGCUGAAAAAGCUGUCUUCAAAUGAUACACUCUUUGGGAAUGGCUUCAGCAAUUUCUACUUCCACAGUGUCAUGUCCAAUAUCAUCUACGAGCUCAAGGCCAGCGAUUAGUGCAGUUUCGUCUUCAGUUAUUUCACAUUCUAAAACUAUAAAUUUCCAUCUUUAUUCAUGGUUAUCUCCACUGGAUCGACGCCUUUUCUCGCCGUGGAAUGGUCUAAAGCAUCUGGGUAUCUCAAGUGAACCGAAAUCUCUCUGUACAGACCGAAGGACUAAGGGCAAGGUGAUUUAUGCAUCUCUUUUCGGGGUUGGAGCUCCUGAAGCUCUGGUAAUUGGGGUCGUGGCUUUGUUGGUAUUUGGUCCUAAAGGUCUUGCUGAGGUUGCCCGAAAUCUGGGGAAAACAUUGCGAGCAUUUCAACCCACUAUUAGAGAGCUUCAGGAAGUUUCAAAUGAAUUCAAGAGCACACUUGAGCGGGAGAUUGGUCUUGAUGACAUUUCAACUCCAACGCAGAACAUGUACAGAUCCAAUGUACCCAACAAUGUCACUAGCUCAAAUCCAUCAUCCACUGUCGAUGCCAAUAAUUCUCAAGUUGCAGUUGACUCCAAUCCAGAUAGAGCUUACAGCGCUGAGGAGUACCUGAAGAUCACCGAAGAGCAGUUAAGGGCAUCUUCCGCCUUACAACAGGAAGCACAGGCACCCCCUCCUCCAGAAGGAGGCCAAAUUGAAUCUCAAAUCCAGCCUCCUGAUGCAAGGGAAUCAGCCAUUACUGAGCCGCCGCCACAGAAGCUUGAAAGUGAGACAUAGCCGCUCUUGGGUUUCAUAGGCAGUUAAACAAUCUCUUCAUCCGAUGUUCCAAUUAUAAGUAUAGUACCCUGAAUGUGGGUACUAUUUCUGGAUUAUGUAGUGGUUGGGACAAGAAAUGACAAGAGUCACUCAAUUUUGCUUUA